AUGGAUCCGAACGUACAGCAAGAUGAUCUCGCGCAAGAGGAACGGGCUUGGGCGCGCCUAGCCGGAUUGCUUGCCCUGAACACUGAGGAAGCCGAGCCAGAUGAGAAUCCACGCUGUCUAGAUGCUGACCUCGCCAGGCUGCACGCCUCGAGGAACACAAACUCUGCUGAUCCGCCUAACGCCGGGGCGAUGAGGAGCGCAAUCAUUGUGACCGCUGUCAAUGCCAUCGCUGCAAAUGACGACCGUCACAUGGAGGACAACGACGAACCAAUGGAGGUUGAGCGUCCUAUUCUUUGGACUGACAAGAGGUCCGACCGGAUAGACAAGAGUGCCUGGUACCCUUUCAAGAACAAGAUGAAAUCAAACCCAUAG